UUUUGUUUUGGAAUUAGGUGUGGUGUGAUUUCCGUACUGGACUUCGCUCGGGUUGUGACUUGACUCUCCGGGCGCGAAGAGAAGGUUGUCUCCUCCUCCUCUUCUCCUCUGCCGUCUCCUCCUCCUCCUCCUCGUCGCCCUCCCUCCUCCUCCGUCUUCUUCUCCACCGAGCAUCUGGCUGGUAUCCACCAAGAAGAGAGAUCCAUUUCCAUUUCUAUUUGACCGACCGGUCGAUCAAGUGGUGGUUGGGUUCAGACGACCGUCAACAGGCGAUCCGUUUAUCGGUCAAUUGGAAAGACAGACGGACCAACAGAGACGGAUCCAUCAUCCAUCGACCGACCGACCGAUUUUUCUUAUCGAUCCAUCACCAUCAUCUACCGAUCUAUUUGUUGCUGUUGAUCUAUCGCCGGCCUGGGCAUGCCGAAAAGAAAAGAAAAGAGAAAGUGAAGGGAUCUUUAUACAUGCCUCUCCGUUGUUCACCCAUGGUGCGAACGAUUGACGGGUGUUGCUUUGCCUGAAGAAUUUUUGCUACGUUUGCGCUUGUCACCACCAUUCAGUACGUCAACGGCGGCGGCGGCGGCGGCGGCGGCGGUGGCUACGACUGUCGCCGCUUAUAGCUGACGACUCUCUCGCUUCUCGUCAAGCGACCUGAAGCACACUUGCGGUUUGUAGUUAGUUUCUCUGUCGUUCGUGUGUGUGUGUGUGUGUGUGUAGCCAGGGUUGAAAGAAGGUGAGGAUGAAUACAGAAGAAAAGGCGGUGGAGGGAGGGGAGGUCGUGUCGGCUGAGGCACAGAAGGCAAUAGGAGAGAAGACGGAGGCGGAGAGGAAUGGUGAUGAACAAAAGGAGCAGGGGGCUGUGCUGAGCGGAGGAGAAGGGAAACAAGGGGAGGAGGAGUACGUCAAAGUGGAAGCUGAGGAGGAGGAGGAUAAGAUGAUAGGGAAGGAGAAGAAGGACAAGGAAGAAAAGGGUAAGGAAAAUUCGGUGAAAGGCGGCGGCGGCGGCGGCAGCGAAGCCACGCCCUCGUCGAGCUCUUCCGAUGAAGCGGUCGAGGAGGAUGAUGACAGACUCGAGCUUGCUGAAGAUGGCGAUGGUGACGACGAAGGAGAAGAGGAAGACGAUGAAGACGACGACGAUUACGACGAAUUAGACGGUGAUGAAGAAGAAGAAGAAGCAGCAGAGGAAGAAGAAGAAGAUGAAGAAGAUGGUGAUGCCGAAACGGAGGGCGUCGAGAGUGGAAGCAGUGAUGAUGAAGAAGAGUCGGAGGGUGAGCUGGAAGAAAUUGUUGUGCUUACGUGCGUUCUUAAUCAGGCACGUGGGCUUCACCGUGGAAGGAAGAUAUGGCGGCGAAUAGCUGUACCCGCCGAGUUCUCUUUGCUCGAGCUGCACGUAGCGCUUCAGAAUGCAUUUGAUUGGGAGGACAGUCACCUUCACAGUUUCUGUCAGCCGCGAGAGAACCCAUUUCCCAACGUUUCGACUCUCCCGCCCAAUUAUGGAAGGACCGAUUCAAGCUCUCUAUUGUCGCUGGAUCUCGACUCCCUGGAGGCCAGCCAGGUGCGUACCUAUCAGUUAGUGGUUGGUACAGAAGAUCCGUACGGUGAAGUCCUUGUUCCUGUCGAGCCGUCGAACAAGGAGAGCAGUACUGUCUUCAUUCAGUAUCCUUUUCUGGAGGAGGCAGGCGGUGUCUCAGGUGCAACCCCCAUCAUUGUCAAAGCGGGUAUAAAGCAGAUUCUGGAGGAGCGUGCUUUCAGGGUUGGCAACAUCUUGAGUGAGCAACAGCCUAUUCUUAUGUACGAGUACGACUUCACGGAGAGUCACGAAGUGACAAUUGCCUUUGGAGGCAAGUACCUGUCUACAGAGGGUGUGCAUUACCCCACAUGCUUGGCUGGGGCUGGGGCAAGCCGGGCAGAAGAUGGCAACGACAUGGACGAGGAUGGAAAUCUCCUUCCCAGCUACAAUUACGACGAGUUUGCUGUGACGGAGGUACUUGCCACUGCUUAUCAUCUCCCCUGCCCUUUGUCGAUCAUGUGACUCGAGAUAAUGGGAAAAAAAAAAAAAAAAAAACUUUGCUGCUGCUUAUCAAUUCUCCCGCCCUUGUUUCUGCUCUCUUUGUGAAAGGAUUAUUCUAAUAAAAAAAAAGUAGACAAUGCAAGGUGUCUCUGUGUGUGUGUGUGUGUGUGUGUGUGUGUGUGUGUGUGUGUGUGUGUGUGUGUGUGUGUGUGUGUGUGUUUUCAAUACACAGGGAAUUCUCUUUGUUUUGUACACGAGGAUGUGGAUGCCUUUGUUAAGUUUGUUUAUGUGUUGCCACGCGUGCUAAACACAACUUUUUAAUGCAGUAAAAGCGGGACGGUGACAGACUGGUCCAAGCCGGGAUAAAAGACGCCAGAGUCG